AUGACACGAUCGAAGUUGACUACCCAACCAAUGAUCAAGUUCCACAAGAAAAAGAGAAAAACUAAAGAAUUCAAUCCAAGAUCGAAAGUUUGGAAAAUAUUUGAAAGGUAUAAGGACAAAAAGGGUGUUCAAAAAUGCAAAUGUAAGCAUUGUGGUGGCGGGAAUUACAAGUGUGAAUUGGGUGUUUAUGGGACCAAAAAUCUAGGAUAUCAUUUAACUAGAUGUAAAGCUUAUUUGGCUAAACUUAAUGGUGGACAAAAACAACUAGCUUUCCAAUAUGGUGAUGAAAACAAAUUGUCAACUUGGAAAUUUGAUCAAAAUGAGAGUCAGAAAGUUCUAGCUCACAUGUUGGUAGUUGACGAACUUCCUUUUAGCUUUGUAGAAGGUGCGAGCUUUAGGUAUUACAAUAGUGUUACUCAACCAUUGUUUAAAGUUCCAUGUAGAAAAGCACAACAGAUGUCUACCAAUUAUUUGUAG